AUGGCUCAUUGGAGUGAUUAUUCGCUAAGAGGUUGGCUUAGCUUCUUGUCAUUCAUGCACAUCGGAACAGCUUUCAGAUGCUUUUAUGACAAACACUUUCUCAGAGAUAAAAUAUUCACAACUGAUGCGGCAAAUGGAAUAACACUCGUCUGGAUCGUUACGUUUCACUACAUAUGGAAGCCUUGGAAACGAAGGGAUUUGGAGAUCGAAAAUGAGUUACUUCUUCGAGGGAUUUCAUCACAAAAGUUGAGCCGAAAGAAGAGAUAAUCUCCAUUCAUGUCGUAUCCCGUGAAUGUCGUCUUGUUUUAUACAAAAUUAAUCAAACAAUUAAUUUGAUUGAAUUGAUUGAAGACAUCGACGCAUCAGUUGAAGUGAUUGUCGUUUGUAUUGACCCCCGAAAUGGUUCCAGUGAUUCAAGUGAUGAAACAAUUGAUACAAAUUAUUACGCCUGUAAUUAGAAGAAUAGAAAUAUCGUUUGAAUUACACAGUAAUUGAGAGAAAUUAGAGGCAAAAUAGCUUAUACUGAGUCGAGACCUAUCAUAUCCCGAAGACUUUGGUAAUGUGUUGUGAUAGCACUCAUAAAACGCACGGUUAAAGCCACCAAACAUGUGACCAAUGGAUAGAUCAAACUCCGAGUGUCCGUAAAAGGCGGCCGAAUCAUAGAUGACCGGCUCCUCCGCCGUUUGGGACGCAUUGCCCGACCAGAGGUCUCCGUGAAGGAGCGCCGGCACGAUAUCGUCCUUAAUAUCAGUGAAUUUAUUUCUGGCGAAGAACUCAAUCCAAUUGUCUUCCCAUUCGUUGUUUUGUGCGAUAAUACCACAACAGGUGCUCACGUGAAACCCAUAUCUCUCGAUGCACUCCAAGCCCUCACUCUGGCCGACCCACGACUCCUUCUUGCGUUUCUCUUUGCCCGCAAUUGCAUUACACGAAUGCAUUCGAGCCAACAGUUCGCCCAGUCUUCCGGAGUGUUGUCUGAGGGCAGACAUCUCGAUGUACUCCAUCACUAUAGCACCUCCUGGCGCCUUCACCUCCGGAACAAUGCAAUACGGUUUGGGAACUCUCACUGUUUUGGUCGCUUCGAUGGCUUUCAAAGACUCCAAUUCCCCCAAAAACAUGACUAAUCCAUCGGCCGAUGAGUUCUUCUUCACAAACACUAACCCAUUGUCCGUCUCAUACACUUCGCCUCAAUUCAUAUCAAUAUUAAAAUACAUUCAAAUAACUUAUGAAAAC